AUGCAUAUGGGACUCCUUGCCUCAACCUCUCGUCAUUCCGUCUCUUCCUCAACUGAGGCUAACUCGUCUCUUAAUGAGCCCGCCUCGUCAGAUCGCCAGAAGCCUUUCCUGCCCCCAACUGAGUCAGGCCCAGAUGCUCAGUGUUCUAUUGAUCCCACUGGUAUCAGCCAUUCCCUUCCAGAACUUUCCCUUGACACUAUGAAUUUCAAUCCAAAUGAUCACAUGACUGAUAGCUCAGCUCAGUUGUCUUCUCUUCAAGGUUCAACUUGUGCACCUGCUAUUACUCCACUGUCGUCCUCUUCAAGCUACCAUUCUUCGCAUGCACAACACGCACAUCACCAUCAGCAAAGUGUCCAGCCACAAGCAUUUUCUGUUUUCGGCUGCAGUCAUUCUUAUUACGACCUCUCUCCAUCUUAUCAGCAUACUUAUCUUCAUCCUUACACUAAUCAGCCUGGAUAUCACCGCGGCAACCAGAACCAGUUCAUGCAGUAUUUUCUUACAAAAUUCUUGUUCACUGAGUGGCAGAACUUUUUGAAAGACUCAGCCCAAUGA